AGUGGUUGUGUCUGAGGCCAGCCCUCCAACUAGUGGACGUAGUUCUCCCUGCCACACAAUGAGCCCAACCACCGUGGUGGCCAUGGACUGCGAGAUGGUUGGUACAGGGCCGGGCGGGCGCACUAGUGAAUUGGCACGCUGCAGCCUGGUGGAUUACCAUGGCAACGUCCUGUACGAUAAGUACAUCCGUCCGUGCCAGGCUGUGACUGACUACAGGACCCGUUGGAGUGGCAUCCAGAGGCACCAUUUACAGAACGCUCUGCCCUUUCCCAAGGCUAGGACAGAGAUACUACGAAUACUGGAUGGGAAAGUGGUGAUCGGUCACGCUCUGUACAAUGACUUCCAGGCCUUGGACUUCACCCACCCAUGUCACAUGAUCAGGGACACAAGUGGUAUGCGUCUGCUCAGGCGACUGGCUGGCUUCCCCACAAAGCGCUGUGUCUCACUCAAGAUCCUGGCCAACAGCCUCCUAAACAGGAAAAUACAGGUUGGAAGGAGGGGCCACAGUUCAGUGGAGGACGCUCUCGCUUCCUUGGACCUGUAUAAACUCGUGGAGGGGGAGUGGGAACAGGAUAUGCAAGAGAGAAUGAGGGACCGAGACACAGGCACUCUCCCAGACCCCGCCACCUCAAACCACUACAUGCAGGACCAGUACUGGCCAGAGGACUUGACCAAUGACAGCCAUUGAGAGAAGCCUGUGUAGGAGGGUUGAUGGGGUAGAAGUAGGCCA